UGCCGACUACCAUCUGAUUAAUAAUAUUCCAACAACAAGGCGGCAUUUUCACAACUUGAAAAACCAAUUAAAAAAACCAUGAAGUGUUAUUGCCCAUAAUAUUGUUCCAUUCCCCAGGCUCCCACAGAAAUAAGUCGAUGCAAAAUGGAUAGCCAAUAUAAGGCAUUGAACAAAGAAUUGGUGAAAGAGGUCACGUCAAUGAGGAUGACUGUGGCAGAUUAUCGAACUGAAAUAGUUCAUCUGAGGGCAAAACUAUUGGAGGCUGAGACUAUUGUUAUCCGAAUGAGAACGAAGUGCUCUUCACUUCUAAAAAGUUUCUUCAAAGAUGAAUUGGAAAUUUUAGACCCCAAAUCACCUCUUUUGGAAUAUUUAGAACAUGGAAUGCAAACAGUAUGCAGUGGUAGGCGAAGCACUCUCUUGGCGGAGGAGACAAGACGAUCGAGUUCAGUUAUUCAAACACCCAGAUCUUUCAAUUCUACAUCGCCCGUUCGUUCCCAAGCUGAUGAACAUGAAAUGUUCGAAGAGAGUCGAAAUGUGGAAGAGUUUGGAAUAAUUAUGGAAGAAAUUGAACCCAUUUUUGUUGCUGGAGAAUCCAUUGAUGAAACGACACAAAGAGAUAUAAGUGAAUACAUGGCAAAUAUGUCUAUGGCCUCCAACACUGACUCAAAUGACGAUGAGAUAGAGCCAGAAGUUCAUGCUUUGAAAGAUGUGGCGAAUACAAUAAAUGGAGUUGGGACGUCACCAAAAGUGCGGGAAUAUGUUACUGUAGCCAGAGGCAGAUAUCGAUGCACCCCAGCUACACACAACCACAUUGAGAGUGAUAUUGAAGUUGAUGAAGUUCGACAUUACACGAGUUCAGAAAAAAUGUAUUCCCUCUCAACAUAUUUGCCAAUGAUCGAUAAUGACAUUGAAUGCGGUAACAGUUCAUCGCUGGAUACUUUCUUGAACGGUUCAGCUACUGAAAAAUUUCUUAUAGAAAACAGUAGUACUCCAAAUACUAUGGAAGAGAACUCAUUAAGAAGACCACAAAGAAAAUGCAAACCAAAAUCGUUGAAAGAAAUGUUGUUAAAUGCUAAGCUAAGAAGGCCAUGAUAUGUUGACGUAUUCUAAAAGGCUUUUCAUUUUUUUGUUUUCAUAUUUACUGUAAUAUGUCGCUCAAAUCUAGUUCUAAAACGUACAUCGGUAAAUUUGGAAGAUGUACAGGACAAUUAUAUCGGAAAAAACUUGUUUUCCAGUUUUUGUCCACAUUUUGCAUGAUUUGCUCAUACUUAUUGUAAGCACUUAAUUAAGAAUAAAUUAUAUGUAUAUUUUAUACGGAUACAUAGAGACAUCUGCUGUUUUUUUUUAACAUUAGACUAAGCAAUAAAUGUAAUACGUACUACACAAAUUUCAUUUAAAUAAGGCCUUAUAAU